AUCGAUCUAUCUACAUCCGACUCUUUCCUAUUCUUUCCUUCUGUUACUUCCGAACAGAAAUAGCAAUAGCGGGGUUCGUUGUUUGUUGAUACCUGCAGACUUCAUUCACUACUAGCUAAUUACUAACUACUAGCUAAUCCAAAUAUUAUUAUUGAGUUAACCUAUCUACAAAUUAUCUGUGCACGUACUCUCUCACACUCACACACACACCUAUCGGAACGAAAAUAAAGGAGAAGAUGGGGAAAGGGAAAGAUGAUUGACCCGAUGACCGGAUUCACCCGUGAUACACUGCAGAUAUAUUUUACAUGACUGUGAUAUGGAGUGAGGAGGAGAAGGAAGGAUGCUGUUGAGUCGAGUCGAGUCGAGUCACCGGGCCGGUCGUGUGCAUAUCAUUCAUUCCCCUCCAUUCAUCCGUAUGGCCCGUGGAGCGUCCAGUCAUCUUUUUUUUCUUCUAUGUGUGUGUGUGCCUGGUACUAUCGCCACUACGGGCUAUCUUUGGGAUGUUAUUUGAUUAUGCGGGGUGUCAUGUAUGUAGGAUGUCAUGUAUGUAUGUAUAUGUAAACUGUCAGUUGCUG